GUUUCUCGAUUCGUGUGUAUGGUCAUGUGUGAGAGAGAGAGAGAGAGAGAGUGUGUGUGUGUGUGUCACUGAGAGGACUCCUUCUCAUUCCUUCCCAGUCAGCUGGCUCGUCCUUCCUGCAGCCAGUCCUUUUUUCGACUCGGGGUAAUCCGUCCGUUCGGCAGAACCCUGGGCGAUCUUCAUGGUCUGGGCAAACUCUCUUGUGGUCAAGGCCGCCGCACUAAGUGAACAAUUCCGGGUUCCAGUGUAAUAAUCGAUAUCCCGGUGUAGCAGCAAGGGCGGGGGUCAGUCAGACCAAGCGUUACUCCUUGUCUCCCCCGUUGUCGCUCUCGUCGCUGGCUGCCCACCCUCCCCGCCAUGGCGAUUGGUUCCUAUUCCUUGCUCUGGGGCAUGUCAGUGCUUUUCAUGAGCCACAGCCCUCGUCUGGUGUGCGAGAAAUGAAAAAGCAAACGUCCCCCAUGCGCAGGUGAAAUCACCAUGCUCUCGUAUCUCAGAAUUAUUCCUUUGCAUUCUCUGUGCAGUUCCACAAAGCCUCUCUGUGGUUUGUUCCUGAUCCCAUCAAGGCCGUGUGUGAUCUGACGCGAUCGUGCCUUGUUGGAACGACACGCCGGAGAAUGUGAACGCUCCAUCUAUGGGCAAUCAUUACAUUGCACUUCCAAGCAGAAUGGCUCAAGAUAAGCCUCGCGGCUUGGGGCCGCAAUAUCAGAAAUUCUCUCCGGACGAUUUUCCGGAAGAGCCGUCUCCAGGGAGCAAUGAAAUGUCUCUCGAGGAACCUGUCUAUUCGGAGCCGGGGAGAGAGCGAGUCGGAGAGAAUGUUUGGAGAGUGUUAGGUGAAAGACAGAUUAACAUGAUUACUUUUUCAGGCACAAUUGGAAAUGGAUUGUUUCUCGGGAGUGGUCGAUCCCUUGCUGGCGCGGGCCCAGGCGGUGCCGUUGUCGCUUACCUGCUUAUGGGCGCCGUUAUAUCAGCAGUGAUAUCUUGUCUAGGCGAAAUGACCGCAUUGAUGCCCGUUAAUGCCCCAGUCAUGGAAUUUCCCCGAAGAUUUGUCGACAGAGGCGUCGGUUUUGCCGUCGGUUGGAUGUAUUGGUUCGCAUAUGCUGUACUUGCUGCAGAUCAACUGGUCGCGGCUACGAAUUCUAUUAAAUUCCACUACGAAGAUAAGCGAACGUACAUUAGCUGGGUGGUUGGGGAGAAUGUCCACUCAGCAGUCUGGAUUACGCUUGUGCUUGUGAUAGUGACCAUGGUCAACAUGUUCCCUGUUAAAGUCUUUGGGCAACUGGAGUAUAUCUUUGGGAGCAUAAAGCUUACCUUUAUUACCUUCCUCAUUUUAAUGAGCGUUGUGAUUGACACCAUGCAACCUCGACCGAAUGCAUACUAUGAUAAACCAUUGGGAACUAAAUACUGGGACGAGCCGUACGGCUUUUUCAACCGUAAGUUCCCGAUCAAGAAUGAGGAUGGAUCAGUACAUAUGAUGACCGGUUCAAUGGGGUCUCUACUCGGCAUGUGGACAACCCUUACUAAUGUCAUUUUCUCCUACAUUGGUAUGGAUAUUGUCGCUGCGACGGCCGCGGAAAGCAAGGCCCUGGCAGACUCUGAAGCAAUGAAAAUGGCAACGCGAAAGAUAUCACUACGUAUUAUCACGCUUUACGCCUUAACUAUGAUAACUGCUUCGUUCACGGUCCCUCUUGAUCAUCCCUUCCUGAAUGGAAAAGCACAGUCAGUUGGAGGGCAGACGAUAUUUGUCAUAGCGGCCGUUGAAGCAGGAAUGCCUGCUUUGGCUAACUUUUAUAAUGCCGUGUAUUUAUUUUCAGCGUUUACCUGCGCCAUCAAUUCGAUGUAUGUGGCAUCCAGAGUCUUGCAUACAUUGGCAUUACGCGACCAAACCGGCCCCGAAUGGAUUACGAAGAGAUUACGGCAGUGCCAUGCAGGUGUGCCGAUAAGGACUGUCCUUGUAACUGCUGCGUUGAUGCUGGUGGCAUAUAUGGGCCCCACUGGAGCCCCAGGAGAGAGACUGAGCGAACUCGCAGUAAAUUGUACCGUUUCAUGUUUAAUUGUUUAUGCAAAUAUCUGCGGGACCUAUUUGUGCUUCUUUAGAACGCUCCAAGAUAUUAAGGAUUACAGUAAUACCUCGGAGGCACAGGCGGCCUGCUAUGACCGGAAUCAUCCAAGAUACCCCUAUAAGUCUCAUGGACAGUGGCUAAAGGCACUGUUUGGUCUAACUGCUUGUGUCAUUCUCGUUCUAUUUAAUGGCAUCGUAUCCUUCUUAGAAACACCUUUCAACCCUCAAGGAUUCAUUGCUGCGUAUAUUGGUCUCCCCGUUUACAUACUACUCAUCAUAGGAUACAAGAUCAAAAAACACGGAUUCAGAUUUGAUAACUGGGGCCCAGAGCGAUCGAAUGACCUCUCUAAUGCGGUACAAGUGACAAGCGAGAAGAGAAAAGGAAGACUUGAAUUCCCUGAUGAUGGAUUCACUUCAGAAAAUUUCCGUACAUUCUUCCGCUGGGUAUGGGCUUGGAUGAAGUAAUAUCCCAGUAUCCGUCUUUUUUUUUAAUUUUAGGUUUUUAAUUUUUUUUCCCCCCUUCACUUCAUCGGCGUCCAUUUUGGUUUUGGUCGGAGGCUUGUCUCUCUCUUUCUUCUUUGGUUGGAUCUCCAUUGUUACAAUCUACAUCUUAUUCAUCGCAGGCAUUUAGGCAUGAUACUGGGCGGAAAAGCAGGGACUUUUUAUCACGUACACGUUUUGAGCUACCUUUUUGAUACCUUUGGCUAGCGGUCUUUUGGUUCUUGGGUUCUUUUGGGUUUUCAUUGAUGGCCAAUACCUUGGAUGCAUACU